AUGAUGUGGUACCGCAUGCUGGCAAUCUGGACAGCCUAUGCUGUCGAGCCCUUGCUCUUGCAGGUCCCUCGCAGGAGUUUCAUCCGACUCAGGCUGAUGUCUGACUUCGAGGACUUGAGUCACGAGAAUCUCCUUUCCAAGUGGGUCGGAAGAAUUUGGACAGGUCUUCAGAACAGCGAUGCAGGCGAUCCACGCGAUCCAGGGAACUGUCUUGAGAGCAAGGCUUACUGCUAUCGGCCACCCUGGAACAUUACGCGGCCCACUUACUUCGACAGCGGUUUAGAUGAGGAGCCGCCAAGACGCUACACCUUGCAAGUGGACACAGACAAGUUGCUAGAGAUUGCUGGCCCGGCAGGACGGUUGAUAGUAUCCUGGACAACCGGUGGGCCAAAGCGAUGGUCCAUUGCCCACAACCUAGCUCUCUCGAUUCGAAGGAACACCCCAGAGCUGGAGUCCAUUUUUGUGUUCAUCGCAUUGGAUGCGGACGCAGUUCGACGUGCACAGGAUUCCGGCUUCAAUGCGGUCUUGAACGAUGGCUCCGGCGACCUGCAAGAUGAUAUUUGGAAGAUGCGCUGGCUAAUUCAGACCACUUGCAUGUCCUUGGGCCUCGAGGUUCUUGUGGUUGAUUCCGAUAUUGUAUUUCUUACAGAUCCCUUCCGCCAUUUCUUCUUCGAUUCAGAUGUGGAGGCAAUGACAGACCAUUUUUUCCCAGCAGAACAGCUUUGGGCGACAUGGCUACGACCUGCUGAGCACAUCAAUACUGGCUUUCUUUUUGUUCGCCCCUCUGCUCGACUGCUGGCUUUCCUAGUAGAGUUCAUCGACGCACACUACCACGGGCACGAGGGUCCCACUCUUCGAGACGGAAUGGACCAACGGGUGUUCAACAAGUUCGUCAUGCACAAGAUGGAGAAGAGCCCACCCGAGGUCGUAAGCCGCUAUGAGAACAUCACCUUCUCAGGCUUGGACUGGCAAGGCAAGACCCGUCGCUUUACGCCUAGAGCGACGUGGGACGUGCCAAUUGGAUCCAGUGACACCAUCACCCUACGGAUCCUGGAUCCUGCCUACAAGCUAAAGAGCUGCGAUGGGAGUGGGCAACCUCCAGCUGUUGUUCAUGUCAACGGCGUCGAUCCCAAGAUGUAUUUCCUCCGUGACAGAAAUCUUUGGUACGUGGACGACUGGGAUGACAGGUUCAAUGACUCUACAUCGUUUCUCGUGUACCACCAUCCAAAAGGCUUGAACCUGUCAGCUGAUUUUGAAGUCCUCAUUGCUGCGCUCGAGAUCGGAGCGUACUUUCGGCGACGUGUUGUGCUACCCGACACCAUGAACUGUGCAAACAGUCCUGCAUACUUGAUCUACAACCUGAGCGAAACGAUGGUUGACGAACCAGGCUGCACAUACGACUAUUUCGCUCACGCAAAUGGCUUGUAUGAGGUUUAUUCUCGCGUAAAGCCCUAUGCUAUCGAGGCGGGCAUUGCUCGAGAACCGCGCUUCAAGGAACUGUCCAUCCAGCGGCUGCGUGGGUCCGUGCAACUGCGAGAGGAGCUGCUCACGGCCCACGCAGAGCGGAGGGCCGCCUUUGCUUCAGCUCGUGUCCUCGAAGUCGACGACAUCAUCCUGCUGCGCGAUGGCCUGCGCAGUGGGAGUUUUGGACUCCGAAUGAAUCCAGAGCACGUUUUCAGCUGCGCAUUCCAAGAGCCACUGAUUGGUGCAAUGGCAUGCUUGGAUGAACCCUAUGUGGAAGAGUUCGGUGUAGAGGCCAUGUGUGAAGCGCAAAGCUUCGUAAAGGGAUGUGGCCCCGUGGGAAUCUGUUGCUGCUGGCCGUUUUGGGGAUGGGGGGAGAAGCUGCAGUAUUUCACUGGGGUGAAAUGGGACUUGCCAUGCAACUGUGGCGUGUCCGUGUGCGAGACCUUCAGCCGCCGUCUGGAUUCUGGCAAUGAGAACUGCUGCCGCCAUGCCGGUAGUACAUCGCUCUUCCCUGUGACGGACCCGGGAGUCUUUUAUUGUGAGACGAACUUCAGCUGGUCAGGACCAACCGGAGCAGAGGACAGCAAUACGUACACAUCCCAGGCCCUGGUCGAGUUCGCUGCAAACAAACGCACCGUGCAGCAAAGCUUCCAGACCUGCAGCUUGGAUCGAUUGCUUCGCAGGGGCGAUGCUUUUCCUGAGACCACGCUGCGGGAGUGCAAUCUUCAGUUCAGCUCUUUCCUCCUGAGACGCUCCAAGUGGAGGCAGCUCCGCAAGUGGCUGGAGUGGGUCUUCGAACAGCGCAGAUCGCUUGGGAAUUCAUCUCGACUGAUUGCAAGUAUGGAGGGCAGCAUCGUCACUGACAACACGGGCUUCUCUUUUGGAAAGCUGGCCCAUGACACGGAGCAACUUGAGCACAUCAUCUCCAUAGGUCAUGAGGAGCUCCAUGAGGCCGCCUCUGGCUUCCGAAGUCUGCUUGAGCUCUUUGCCCAGCUCCAGAAAGGAGCACCUGUCCGCGAGGAGGUUGGAGCUCGGUUUGCAAAGGUGCGACCUUUCUUCAACAGAGCGCUGCAUCUGCCGGACCUCGACCAAUUUGUCGGUGAGGUUACCGAGUUUUUGCCGAUCGCCGCUGAUUGGGAAGGUGCGUCGCUGGCCGUGCGCACAAGAGGCGUGGCAAUUAUCCGGGGUGCUCUGACUGCUUCAGCUCAAAAGUUGGUUCGCAGAUGGCUGCUUGAGUCAACCGUGUGGUACCAGUCUCUGCAAAAUGGCGAAAUUCAAAAGUCUCAGCUCCGUGAUGGGCUCCACGGUCCAGUUGGCUUUCGCUUGGUUCAUGAACUUCAAGCCAGAUUGCCCAAUUUGCUGGGCAAACUGCCACUUUUGGACAUCACAGGCUACAGGCACGGCCAGCAGAGUUCCGGACUUCCGUGGCACUGCUUGGACGGCAUUGUAGUGGCCAUGUUCUGGUUUGGCAGCAUCUCGGACAGUGCGCUUGAAGUUUCAGGAAGGAACUCUUCAAUGAGUUUUUGCAAAGGCAAUCGUGUGGGACCUGCGCCUGCCCUUCAACUGGAUGCAUUCACUCGGGAGCAAACGCCGACUCCUGCCAGAUCCUUGGCUUGCCCAGAGGGCUGCUUGCUGCUGUGGCAGGCAGCCAACGCAAUACGCACUGUCCACAGGGCGAAAGUGGACAUCUUUGCAAGCCGGCCAGUCGAGCUGCUACUGCUCUUCGGGAAUUAUGCGGAUGCUGGAGCCAAGGCGGCUGGCUUCAUGCCAACUUUCGAGGGGAAAGCCGACUCCUGGGGAGAACAUUAUUAUGCACGUGACCAUGAUCAUCGAUGA